AGAAGAAGCAGCUGAACAAAAACUCAUCACAGCUUCUGUUUAUUCUGCAUUUAUUAUUCAAACAAAGUAAAACAGUUUGAGAUUAGCUGUGUGUCAGAGUGUAGCAGGGCUGGACGUGAGGAUGACACACAUUUUACUCUGCAUGUCUGGAUUAUUCUUGCUCAGUGCAGUCAUCUGUGGAAACGCUGAAGAACUUGGAGUGAAAGCCACUGUGACAGCAGACAGAUUAACCAUACCAACAGGGGGCAGUGUGACACUGACCUGUGUUGCGCAGCACUUUGCUGACUUGGAAUAUUAUUGGAUUAGAGAAACCUCAUCUAAAAACAAGUCCUUAAUAUCUACUGAAGCAGUCAUUAGUAUCUCUGAAGGAGGCAACUACACCUGUAGAGGAUGGAGAAGAGACACAAAUUCACUGCUAACAGAAAGUGAUUCGGUCACGAUUCAGGAAACUGUUUCCAACAGGACCAAUGUGAAGCUGCAGCACAGCUGGUCUCAGAUAUUCACUGGUGAGACAAUCACUCUCAGAUGUGAGAUUCAGGGAGGUGAAGGAAAGGUGUGGAAAUAUGAAUGGACAGCACCCAACACAAACAGCCCUCCAACAUCCAGUGAAUACAGGAUCAGCAGAGUUUCAGUGUCCCACAGUGGAGACUACAGAUGUCGGGGUAGCAGUGACUAUCUCUUAACAGGAUGGAGUGAUGCCUUCAGACUGACAGUUUCAUCAAGUAAACCCAGAGCCACACUGACAGCACAAAGUUCAGUCAUACCAGCAGGGGGCAGUGUGACACUGAGCUGCUCUGUGGAGGGCUCUGCUGGCUGGAAGUUUGACUGGUUCAGACGUGAUUCAAUCUCUUCUAAAGCUCAGCUCAUGAGAGGAAAUGAAGCAAACAGAGUUAUUAGUGUCUCACAAGGAGGUCUGUACCACUGCAGAGGAGGGAGAGGAGAUCCAGUUUACUACACAGAGGACAGCAGUGACGUCACAGUUACAGAAACUCUUCCCAGUAAGCCCACUGUGAGCCUGCAGCCAUCCUGGACUCAGAUAUACAGCGGUGAGACAGUCACUGUCAGAUGUGAGAUUCAGGGAGGUGAAGGAGCUCAGUGGACGUAUGAAUGGAGAGCAGCCAAGUUAAACACACCUCCAGCAUCCAAUGAACACAGAAUCAUCAGAGCUACUGAGUCUGACAGUGGAGGAUACAGCUGCCGGGGCAGAAGGGAGUAUUUCUUCUCAGAGUGGAGUGAUAUCAUCACACUGACUGUAUCAUAUAAACCAAAGGCCAAACUGAGAGCUGAUAACACAGCUGUUCCAGUAGGGGCAGUGUGACCCUGACCUGCUCUGUGAACCCAUCAUCAUCAUCUGGAUGGAAAUACUACUGGUACAGAGAUGAGAAAUCCUCUGAAGCCCUGACCACACAAGAUGCAGUUUUCCACUCAAAUGGACAAAUCAGUGUCUCACAGGAAGGACUCUACAGGUGCAGAGGAGGAAGAGGAAACCCAGUUUACUACACAGAGGACAGCCAGUCAGUCAGGAUUGGGAAAACUGUAACAGCCUCAAACAGGCCUGUUGUGACUCUGUAUCCAAACUGGUCUGAGAUAUACAGAGGAGAG